GUCCAAAUCCUUGCAAGUCAAUUCAAGUACACGUCAGUUUUUUCAGACAAGUUAGCGCUUUAAUUCAGCGUUGUCUGUUUUGCACACUUUAUAAUUAAAACGACAAUGUUCGAGAAACGCAUUUCCUUUAAACACGCGAAAAUAUGAAGUGUAGAUUGCAGAGAGUCCUGAAAGUGUUUUUCCUCAGUCCAUUGUUUUGGGCAAUUUUCAUUUUAUUGUUCUCCAGCUCUAAUCUGCAACAGAAUGUGUCCUCUGACUAUAAAGCAGACAGAGAGGAGGCUGUUGUGAGAAACAGUAGUGACAUUGUCAAUGUGAAUAGUGAACAGUUUAGCAGUGAAGAUGUGGUACAGGCAAGUUUCGAGGAGCCCACAGGCACUCCCGACUCUGACUUCACUCAUCAGCCCUUCUCUGAAUUGGCAUCACAAAAUUCUGGAUUAUCAAAUGGGUUCGCGGAGACUGGACACGGAAUAGCUGUAACUGUUGUCGAUUCCGCCAAUGCGGAGAUACAAAAUCAAGCGGACUUGGCUAGCAGUCAGAAUGAACAGGAACAGAAGCAAAAUACCACUACUAUUGACGAAAAUGCACCAUACACAACCGAAGAACCAAUUUUCACGGAAGACUCACCAACGUUGAAUAGAUCUGAAGAUGUGCCGAGCGAGACUCAAGAAUCGGAAAAACUGGACGUGCCUAAGGAAAAUUUAACCGAAGAAAUUCCAUCGUUCUCCGAGUGGACGCAGAAGCAACUUGAAGAGGCGGAAAAGAAGCGGGAAGAAGUAAACUCUUCCGCGCACAGUCCCAAUUGGAACGGCAAGAAUUCCAGUGUUUUGAAGGUGCGCUCAAAAAAUUACGCAUCGCCCGAUUGCGGUGCAAAAAUCGUCGCAGCAAAUCCAGAGGCUGUGAGCCCAAGUGCAGUGCUCAGUCCAUCUAGGGACGAGUAUAAUUUAAAUACUUGUUCGAGCCGCAUUUGGUUCAUCGUAGAGCUGUGCGAAGCCAUCCAAGCCAAGAAGAUUGAUCUGGCCAAUUUUGAAUUAUUCUCGUCGACGCCGAAAGAUUUUAGUGUAUAUGUUAGCGAUCGCUUUCCCAGUAGAGAUUGGUCCAAUGUGGGUCAGUUCACCGCGAAAGACGAAAGGGAUUUGCAGAGCUUCGAAUUGAAUCCGCAUCUAUUUGGAAAAUAUAUUAAAGUGGAGUUGCAUUCGCAUUACGGCUCCGAGCACUUCUGUCCGGUAUCCCUGUUCAGGGUAUAUGGGACUUCGGAAUUCGAGGUGCUGGAGAAAGAAGGCGCGGUUCACGAGGACGAUGACGACGAUGAUUUGGAUUUCGAAAGUGGAAAGGGCGGAGGUGUACCUAAAAAUCUGUUCACUUCAGCAACUGAUGCAGUUAUUUCAAUAGUCAAGAAAGCCGCAGAAGUAUUGGGAAACAAUAAAGGGAACGUUACCAAUGAGACAGCAAGUAGUGACAAUAAUAAUGUGGUUGUCGAAUAUACGCCACUGAUAAGUACUUGCACAACGCCAGGCUAUUUAGUUGUUUGUAAGGAGUGCAGUGACCUCUUGUUCGGAAAAGUUUUUGGAUUGUUGAGUUGCGAGAGUGUCGCAAUCGGCGAAUUAACUCAGCAUGGCGGUAUGAUCCACAAUAUAUUAUACGGUGCUGGCCUAUGUUUAGAUUUCGGAUUGGAUUUUAAUGGAAGUCUGGUGAGCACGGACGUAUCGAAAGCUUCCUAUGUUAGGGCUAUAUUUCCCGACCAUUAUUUGGCUGCGCUAUGCAACAUCGUUGGUAUUAUGGAAAACAAACUUGGGUUGAACGUAAGUAAUACGACAAGCAAAGAACCAAUCGCAGAGUUUAAUAGUACGGACGAGGAGAUUGUUACUGAGAAAACUGUGGAAAUAGAAUCGACGGAAACCGGUAAAAUUGUUUCAACUAUAAAUGAUGCAGUAAUAAGUAAUAUUUCAAACGGCGGCGAAAUCAAACCCACAAAAACCCUGGACCCGGAGGAAGACCUGAUAGAAGUGACUCACCAUUUAGAAGCUAACACUUCCUUGCCGGAAUACCAUAAUGAAACCAAAGAUGAGGUCCUCCAGGACAUCGGAAGCGGCGAGAAUUUAAUAGAGGACGAAAGCGGGGAAAACCUGGAAUUAGAAAACUUCUCCGACAGUGCAACGCCAUCACCACCGCAAGUUAAGGAAUCCGUAUUUCUCAGACUGUCCAACAGGAUCAAAUCUCUCGAAAGGAACGUCUCGCUGUCUAGUCAAUAUUUAGAAGAACUUAGUAGAAGAUACAAGAAGCAAGUCGAGGAAAUGCAGCGGUUUCUCGAGAAAACGCUUGCCACUUUAAACGAUGAAAUUAAAAAAAAAGAUGAGAGUAAUAAAAGAUUGGAAAAUAAGCUGCAGCAAUUAUCGGAAGCGGUUGAAGCUCUGAUCGCCGACAAAGAAGGCUCGUUUAGUUUCGUCCAUAUUAUCGUAUUUUUUGUGAUUUUUAUGAUUGGGUUUCUCAGCUUUUGCCGCCGUGGCGAACAUAGUAAACAUUCCCAUUCAGAUGAAAUUAGCAUUGAGAUGCAACGUCGCAAAUCUAUUGACGUAAUCAAUCAUAAUACACCUGCAAAGAAGCAGAGACGGCCUAGCGAGGAGGCACUGAAGAUUAGUGGCACGUACGAACAUCUUCUGGUUGAUGAUAUUGAACUGCGCAGAAAAAUUAAGGACAGAAAACGCAAAAAGAAAAGACUUCAGCGGUCAAACUCAAUAACUACACUGAAUGAAGAGAGCGUGGUACAUCAUAAGAAGUCUACAUCGUCAGAGAGCGCAAUCAUAAGUUGUAUAAGGCAGGACUGCUCAGACUGGCCUACUAUAACAACAAUUGGAAUCGAGGAAAUUCCUUUAGUUUUGGAAGAAUGCGAUAAUAGUCCUCUGCAGGACAUGCCCUUACCUCAGCCUUUGCAAGAUCCUGAUGUAAUAUCCACUAAUGGGGACCUGCAGAAAUAUCGGAAGAUAUCCACACCAGAAUAUCUGAAGACUGCAGUGGAAAUCAGAAAGAGCAGAAGAUUCAGUCCAAAUGGAUCAAAACAAGAACACAGAAAGUCUGCAAGCAUGGAUGAAACCAAGAGACAAAAAAGCCCAGCUCCUAGUGAUGCUAGCCUGAGCAUAAGUUACGACGAGCCUAAAAUUACUCCACCAAAGAAAGAGAAGAGAGGCACUUUAAAAAAAAUAUUCAAGAAAGUAUUUUGAUCUGAUUUUAAAAACGACAAAGUGAACGUAUUAAAAUAGGCUCCGAGAGUAUUCUAUUCACACCCACCAACAUGAAUUCUAUUUUAAUUUUUUACACCGAAAAUAAACUAUCCGUUACCUAUCUUUUCCUAAUGGGCAGAUACAGGCAUUGACUUAUAUCCCACAAGAAAUGAAAAUACAAUUUUUUCAUUCAAACAUGUAGACGUUAAUAUUAAGCAAUGGAUACUUUAUAUAUAAAUGUAAUUAUUCACAUGCUUCUUUUACAUUUAACUUAACUGUUUUCUUUUCCCUUUUAUUUUUAUUAUACUGCAAUUGUGUUCCGAUAUUUACUUGAGAAAAAAGAUAUUCCUAAUUGAUAUAUGCUGUGAUAAAUCUUUAGGUUUAAUGUGAUUCGAUUGUUUUGUUAUGUUUUUUCGUUCGCGAAAACUUAAAGUUUUCGAUAUUACAUUAAAGACACAUUUUGUUUUGUUUUGGACAUUUAUGCUUUUAUCCAAGAUGUAUGUGUGUAUAUGUUAUAUAUA